UUUGAAUUUUUUUGAUGACAAGAAAUUAUUGGUUUGAUGAGGCUUUGCCUGAUUAUUAUCCACAAAAUUAUGAGAACAAUUGGAAUGUUCGAGCUCCAAGAAUGCAUAGACCAUUACCUCCAAUACCAUGUCAUUUAGAAACUCAGUACCAAGAACAAUGCGAAAAUAUUGUUCCAAGUCAACAGCAAUAUUUAUAUGAUCAAAAUUAUCAUGGAUUUAGAAAUGAAGAUGUGAGUUUUCCAAGAAGAAGAAUUGUCUCACAUGGAGAUUAUUCGGAAGAUGAAACUGUAUAUCAGAAACAAGAGGAGUCUGUAAAUCAUUGUGAUUAUAAUUCUUUUGUUCCAUACACUUCUCGAAAUAUGACUGGAGAUAUUUAUGAAGAUUAUAAAGAUAUGAAUUAUAUGGUUUUAGAUUAUAAAAGAAAAUCUUAUAUGAAUUAUUCUCAAAAAUCAAAUAAUGAUUAUUGCUAUGAAGCAGGAAGAAAUGAAUAUGAAGAAUCGAAAUCUGAAAAAGAAGAUAAGGUUUCUUCAAAUAUUCAGACUGGCACAAUUAAACGUGAUAUUACAAAUAAUUUGGAUAUAUUGUGGGAUCCUAAUAUUGCAGAACCUGAUGAUUAUCUUCAUAAUCCAGCCACUAAAGAGAAAAGGAAAGAUUAUUGUAUUUUUACAAAGCGUGGAAUAUUAAAUAUAGGAUCUCUUGUAAUUUUAAUAUUUGGAAUUAUAUCUUUUUUCAUUGGUUAUCCUAUUUUGUUAUAUGCUAGAAAGAUAUAUGAAGAUAUUCAUCGUUGUCCCGACUGUAUAAAAACUCUGCCUAUAGACUUAUUGGGCGCAACUAGAGGACUCAUUGAUCCAGACACGCCAGAAGAGUUUUAUGAACUCAAAAAUAGCGAUGGAAAAGUUUAUAAACUUGUAUUUUCUGAUGAAUUUAAUAAAGAUGGAAGGACAUUUUAUCCAGGUGACGAUCAAUUUUGGGAAGCAGUUGAUCUGCAUUAUUGGUCGACUUUAAGUUUAGAAUGGUAUGAUCCUGAUGCUAUAACUACAAAUGGUGGAUUUUUGGAAAUUCGACUUGAUGCUUUUCGAAAUCAUGAUCUUAAUUAUAGAUCUGGUAUGUUGCAAAGCUGGAAUAAGUUAUGUCUUAAAGGUGGCAUCAUUGAAGCAUCAAUUUCUCUCCCUGGUAGAGGUGAUACUUCUGGAUUAUGGCCUGCAUUUUGGAUGAUGGGAAAUCUUGGUCGUCCAGGUUUUGGUGCUUCUACUGAAGGAACAUGGCCAUAUAGUUAUGAUAAUUGUGAUAUUGGAAUUACACCCAAUCAAUCAGAUCAUAGUGGCUUUUCUUUUCUUCCAGGAAUGAAACUUCCUGGUUGUACAUGUCCAAAUUCUGAUCAUCCAAGCCCAGGAAAAGGACGUGGUGCCCCAGAGAUUGAUAUAAUUGAAGCAUCUGUUGAUCUUUCUCUUCAUAUUGGAGAAGCUUCACAAUCUGUGCAAUUUGCGCCUUUUGAUGAUAAUCAUAGGCCAAAUUAUGAUCAUAUGGCAAUACAUAAUACGGAAAAAACUCAUAUAAAUCCUUAUCGUGGUAACGUUUUUCAACAAACAUUUUCUUGUAUCACAUAUUUAAACAAUGAAUGGUAUAAUGGAUAUAAAUUUCAAACAUAUGGUCUUGAAUAUAAACCUGGUAAAAAGGGCUAUAUUGAAUGGUUUAUUGGUGAUCAAGCAACAUGGAAAAUGAAAAGUGAGUCUGUAGGACCCAAUGGAAAUAUCGGGCAAAGGCUCAUAUCUGAAGAACCUAUGGCAAUAAUUAUUAAUCUUGCCCUUUCAGAAUCCUUUUCUAAGAUAGAAUGGGGAAAAUUACAAUUCCCUGCUAUUAUGCGAAUAGAUUGGGUUCGUAUCUAUCAGGAAGAAUCUUUAAUAACAUGUGAUCCUCCAGGAUAUCCAACUACAAAAUAUAUUAAAGAUCAUCCUAUAGCUUAUUAUAAUAACAAUGUAACAACAUGGAAUAAUACUGGUUACGAAUGGCCUAAAAAUCGAUUGAUGCAUAAAUGUUAAUAUCUUAUUCAAUAUAUGAUUUAUGAUGGUUUUUAAUUUUAAUAAUUACCAUAUAUUUA